AUGACUGGAAAUCUGAAAUUAUGUUCUGCAAGAUGUAGGACAUGUUCUUAUACUUUACCAAAUUUUCCUUACGAUGUCAAGAUGGUACUAGGAGAAAAAAAAUACCCUGACCACAGUAUGAGAAUAAGGAUUGUUGACUGUUUGCAAGCAGACAUGACAAAGUACCUAGCAGGAUCACUGUAUCCAAACAGCCAGCAGUACAACAUUGUUGUCGGAGCUUUGAUGCAGGCAUAUCCUUUCCUGAAUGAAGAUGGGAAUGGCUUUUUGGUGUGGAAACGGGCGCUUAAAGAUCGUUUCAAAUAUGUGCGUAGAGCCAUAGAAGAUGAUGAGCAAGUUUUGAAGAACAAAUGCAAGUUUGGCCAUAGGAAAGGACAGAGCAGGAAAUCUUCAUCUGUUGAAAACAAACCUAAUAACGUCAAAGCACAGAAAAUGGAAGAACCUGCUUAUCUUGAAGGUGAUGCAAUGUAUGUACACAUUAACUGGCUGAAGCAAGAAUAUAUGAAAACUCUGAGAAACUGGAAAGAAGUGAAUAAUAAAAUGAAUGCAACAAUACAAAUACGAAGGAAGAUGAUCUGUGAUAAGACGCCUUUAAAAGACAUUCUUAGACUAUUUCCUUUCUUAAGAUGCCCCUAUCAGCUUUUUAGGGAGUUCCAGCUUCUCACACACAUGGAUGUUUAUCAGAAAACAGUUAAGAUUUUGGAGAUUUAUUCAGAGAGCAUAUUAUCUUUAUGUCUGGUGAAGAAUAAUCCAAUUAACAUUAUGCUGCAAGAACAUCUGAAACAGAACACAGAGGAAAACGUUCUAAAAUAUAUGAAGACGACUGCUGCAUGUUUACUUCUGCCAGAUGUCUUUGGAGAUGACUCCAGUCUGUUUGCUGCAGUGAACGAGGAGGUGAAAGUAUUGACACCAGUGUUGGAAGUUAAAAAUCCCUUCAAUGUGAAUUCAUGCAGGUUUGCUCUGUACAUAGAAAAACAAGAGGUAGCCCAGCUCAAUGACUGCACUACAGCUCUGGCAGCACUGGUGGCUGCAUUUCACGUGUUCAAUAUCCAGUGCCCAAGCAGAAUCCAAAGGACGCUGAAAUUCCUGGUGUCCCUGAUCUUUGAGAUGAACAUCCCUCAAGCAUUCCUCCCAGGUCAGGUAAAGAGGGGGCUAGAGAUGCCUUAACAUCCCAGUGUUUGCUAGUGUACUCAUAUCAGGAACACUUGGAAUUUUGUCAAAUCUCCUUGUUGUGAAGAUAAAUCAGUGCACUCAUUCUAGUGAACGCAUCUGUAUAUUUCUAACAGUUAUGUUUAACAAUGUCUGCUUUUUAAAAAUUGUACUGGCUACUUUUUAAAAAAUCUAAAAUUGUCUAGAGCAGUCUGGAAGCAUUAGAGCAAAUAAGAUUUUCUAGUUUACUGCAUGUGUAAUGUAUCAGUUUUCCACACAGAGCAUUUUACAAAUGAAAACAAUAUUUUUACCAUCAGAAUUAAAAAAUGUACUCAUAAGUUAAUUUGAGCACUUAAUGCUCUGAAUUUACACAAAUUAAAGAUUUGUUACCUCUCUCACUAUAUUAUCUUCAUGUGAUCAUUGAGAGUGCUUGAAUGUAUUUCUUUGUUUUAAAAUACUGGGCUUGAUUUACAAUUUGGAGGAUGAUGAGUGUUCAUGCUUUUCUCAGCGCAUGAAAUGUUUUCUUCUUUCUUUUAACAUUAAUCCAAAGUUUGCUAAAUAAGGAUUCUGAGAUCAGUUCUCAAAGUAGCAAGAAUGACUUUCUGGGAUGCUGUCAUGUGCAUUUGCAACAACAGCUUUUGUGCUGGGAAACAAAUGCCUCAUUUUUCUAUCUGAGCUUUUUCCCCAUAACAGAUCAGCCUUCUCCACAUGGUACAUGUCCUGCCUGCCCACACAAAAUGGAGCCCUUUUCUCCUCUUCCAGAGUCUCCUUUUCUCCCUCCCACAGCCCUCUUAACUCCUUAAGUGCCUUGGACUCUGGAUAAGCUCACAGCAAUGAACAAUAGCAGAUGCCAGCAUGCUUGACCACUGCAUUAGUUAUAUAUACAGAAUGGUAAAUAACUUUUUUUAAAAACAAAACAAAAAAACAACGACUGCACUACAUUCUGCUGAAGAGUUUCAUUUUUCACCAUUUUUAGAAGUGUUGAUGUAGCCCAAGCAGUAUCUGCAUUCACCAGUAUUCUGCACACUCAAACACGUGGCUUGGGAAGCUGCAGGCGUUUUCUUAAGUGCUGAUUGCACAAGGAUGAGUCCAGUUCAGAGACUACAGUGGAACAGUGCAGUAUGAGGGGAGAAUACUGCAAUAAAUGGUCCAACUCUUCCAGAAAGAAGUCUCAGAAUUUUCACUUGCCUCUCAUAGAAACUGUGGGAUAUCCUUAGCCAUGUAACUGCUGGGUCACCUCCAACACAAUGUUGAAAACCACUACGAUUAUCAUUUCAAAGAUCCACUCUGUUGGAGUAAUUUUCAUGUCCUACUGCUUCUGUUGGGUGUAGUCUUUGUAACAGAGUUUGCCCUGUUACCUCAUAAUACAAAAGUGAAGAAUGUAGUGAUUAUGCUCUCGCUAAAUAGAGAAAGCAUCAUUCAAAUGAAGUUUUCUACAUCUUGUAAAGAGAAUUAACUAAACCAUUUCAUUAAACCACAGUAUGCUGUAAGUAGAUACAUAAAAAUUCAGGUAGUUGCUAGUGUUCAUAAGUGAUUACGAACUGCAGAGCGGCAAAACAUUGGUUCUUCCUGAAGGCUCCAGAGCUGGCACAUGAGAGAAAAAUACACACCGAAAGUGAAAGUUCAAGGAAGUGAACUACAUGGAAGGAAAGAAAACUAAAGAAUGUAGCAUAUUCUGUUCCAUGUCAGCUGUGGUCAAUGAGAUUUAGGAAAUGUUUUGGGUGAGAUCAGCUGGCAGUAGCUGAGUUGCUCUUUC